GCGGCACCGCUCCGCUGGAGACAGGCAGGGGCCAGCCUGCCGCCGCCCUCGCUUCACAGACGAGCUGGGGAGAUAAACCGGAGCAGCCCGGCUCCGGUGUCAUCCCGGCCAGGCGUGCGCUCCGGCAGCCGCGGGGAGACAAACUUCGCGGGAAGAGCCGCGACAGAGCGGCAGCCGCGAGCGUGCCCACCUAUCCCCCGGGUACUCCCGCCCCCCGUCGCUCCGGGCGGCCGCGCAGCCCGCCCCGGUGAGGGGAAAUAUUUACUUGUCUCUUUCCAGUGUUGAAGUAGAAGCUGAGAAGCAGAAAGCAUGUUGGAAACAAUUGAUACACAUCGGGCCCUCCAGGCCAUGGAGCGCUUACAGGCAAAACUUCGGGAUCGAGGUGACAUUGCAAAUGAGGAGAAACUGAGCCUACUAAAAUCAGUGCUGCAGAGUCCUUUAUUUAAUCAAAUUCUGAGCCUUCAGACUUCUGUUCAACAGCUGAGAGAUCAGGUGAAUAUUACACCUUCCAUACAUUCCAGUGGUGAAUUCCCUCAGCUUCUCCAUCAUGGUGUGAAUGUGGGGUCCUUGCCACUCAAUGAGUCGUAUUUGUUGGCUCAGCAGAAUGGCAGCCCAGCUAAUGCAUUAGAAGCAUCAAUGAGAUCCAUUACUCCUCAGAUUAAUGGGAAAUUUUCUAGUGAUGACUUUGAGCAGCUCAUCAAAAACAUGUCCCAGGGUCGUCUUGUUGAGACAAUUGACCUUGUUAAACCUGUAAGUGGUGGUCUGGGCUUCAGUGUUGUGGGACUCAAGAGUGAAAACAGGGGAGAACUUGGAAUAUUUGUGCAAGAAAUCCAGGAGGGAAGUGUGGCACAUAGAGAUGGAAAGCUGAAGGAAGCAGAUCAAAUCCUUGCUAUUAAUGGACAAGCCCUUGAUCAGACAAUUACACAUCAACAGGCUAUCAGCAUUUUGCAGAAAGCAAAAGAUAAUGUCCAGCUAGUUGUGGCUAGAGGCACUUUCCCUCAGCUCAUCAGUCCUGUAGUUUCCCGGUCUCCAUCUGCUGCUAGCACAGUUUCAGCCCAUUCCAACCCGGUUCACUGGCAGCAUGUGGAGACCAUAGAGUUGGUGAAUGAUGGCUCAGGUCUGGGAUUUGGGAUAGUGGGAGGAAAGUCAACUGGAGUGAUUGUUAAAACCAUCCUCCCAGGAGGGGUGGCUGAUCAGCAUGGAAGAUUGUGUAGUGGAGAUCACAUCUUGAAAAUUGGUGAUACAGACCUAGCUGGAAUGAGCAGUGAGCAGGUGGCACAAGUUCUAAGGCAGUGUGGAAAUAGAGUGAAACUGGUAAUUGCAAGAGGUCCUGUUGAAGAGCCACUUGUACCAGCAGUUCCUCCAGGUACACCAGUACCCACCUCUACACCAGAGAAACAGGAUGAUACUUCUAUUGAUAACUGUGAAGAUGGGGAGAAAUUCAAUGUUGAACUCACUAAAAACAACCAGGGUUUAGGAAUAACAAUUGCUGGUUACAUUGGAGACAAGAUAUCAGAACCUUCUGGUAUCUUUGUAAAAAGUAUUACAAAAGGCAGUGCUGUUGAACAUGAUGGCAGAAUCCAUGUGGGAGAUCAAAUUAUAGUUGUGGAUGGAACAAAUCUUCAGGGUUUUACUAACCAGCAAGCAGUUGACGUUUUGCGGCACACAGGACAAACGGUUCAGCUCACUUUGAUAAGAAGAGGUCUUAAGCAGGAAAAUCGUAUUCCACCUCAGGAGGACUUCAGUGCUCCUGUUGAAAAGGACUUACUAUUCCAAGCAAUGGAUAGUACCACAGCCAAAGAUAACCAUGAAACAGAGCAGAGAUCCCCAUCACUGCCGUGCUGUGCCAGAGUGGUAAAUAUUGGAGAUGACAUGAAACAACAGGAAACAAGUUCUCAAGAUUUCGUGCUAACUAGUACAGAAGAAGCAACUGCAAAGAUAAAAUGGCAGAGGAUUAUGGGUUCAAAUUAUGAAAUUGUGGUGGCUGUGGUUAACAAAUUUAGUGAAAGCAGUGGGUUAGGGAUAAGCCUUGAAGCUACAGUGGGUCAUCAUUUCAUCAGAUCUAUCUUACCUGAAGGGCCAGUUGGACGAAGCGGCAAGCUGUUCAGUGGAGAUGAGCUCCUGGAAGUGAAUGAGAUCUCUCUACUUGGAGAAAACCACAAGGAUGUGGUCAGUAUCUUGAAAGAGCUGCCCAUUAAGGUGACAAUGGUGUGCUGUCGUCCAGUAGCUCUGCCUGUCACUCAACCAGAAAUAUUGGAGAGUCUAAGCCUAUCUGAGGUUCAGCUCACAGAAAAGGGUCACAUAGAACUUGGAUGCAUUGGCUCCUCAGACACAGAGGGAAUAACUUUGGAAACAGCUGAUGAGGGUCAGAGUAUGGAAGAGGUGCAAAGCUCAUCUCUGGCAAUGUGGGAAACAGAAGUGCAAUGCAUUGAGCUGGAGAAAGGGAGUACGGGGCUUGGAUUUAGCAUAUUGGACUAUCAGGAUCCUGUUGAUCCAGCAAACACUGUCAUUGUGAUUCGCUCAUUAGUUCCUGGGGGUGUGGCUGAGCAAGAUGGUAGACUUCUUCCUGGAGAUCGGCUAAUGUUUGUCAACGAUAUCAACUUGGAAAAUGGCAGCCUGGAGGAAGCAGUGCAAGCACUGAAAGGAGCCCCAACAGGAACAGUUAAAAUAGGAGUUGCCAAACCGUUGCCUCUUUCACCUGAGGAGGGCUAUGUCUCUGCUAAGGAAGAUUGCUUUUUCUACACUGCCCAGUCACUUGAGGAGGAGGGGCCAGCUGAUGCAGCCCUCUUCCAUGCUGAGCUGGCUCUGGUGGACUCUGGCGAGGCAGAUCUAGCGGAUGAGUCCACCUUUGAAUCACAGUAUUCUCUAGAGAGAGACGUCUUCCAGGAAUCAGUGACAGCUCUGCAUGACAGUGCCUGUAGCGGUGAGGUGAAUGACGGCUUCUCUCUUCCAUUAUCAACGCUGAAGUCUGUUGGAGAAGAAUGCCCAAAUGCUGCAGCUGAUUUCCAUGUAUCUGAGAAGAAUCUGUUCAACAUGAGUCUGAAUCAAAAACUGAGAGAUGAAAAGUCUGUAGUGGACAGUAGCCUGGAAACUGCAAGUGAUUUUGCUAAAACAGAUCUUCUGACUCUGGAGGUUUCAGAUAUCAACCAAAAUGAAAGUGAAAAUGCAGCAACAUGGACUGGAUCUCAGACAGCCUCAGAAAUUGUGCUAAAUACAAGCCUUGCUACUACCACACAGAUUGAGCCCAAUGAAAAAGAUCAAUUGCUUUUAAUGGAAAAGAGAUGCCCAGUAUCUUUGGAGGGAAGUUCCAUACUACCAAAUUCAGUCAAAAAUGUGUAUGAGAAGACUAUCACUAUUGCAAAAGGCAAUUCAAGCCUGGGAAUGACAGUAAGUUCCAAUAAGGAUGGUUUGGGAAUGAUAGUUCGCAGUGUUAUCCAUGGAGGCUCAAUAAGUCGUGAUGGACGGAUUGGUGUAGGGGACUGCAUCCUGUCCAUUAAUGAAGAGUCAACCACUAACUUAACCAAUGCACAAGCCCGGGCUCUGCUGAGACGACAUUCACUUAUUGGACCAGACAUAAAAUCUUCUCCAGCACCUGUUGAUGAUCAGGCCCUCUGUUAUGUUAUUACGUAUGUGCCAGCAGAAAAUUUAGACGAGUACAGGGCCAGUUUGGGACAACAGACAGAGGAAGCUGUGCCACUUGAACUUUUUCCUUCACAUAUUGUCAGGGAACUCCCAGAGCUUCCAGAACGUGAAGAGGGGGAGGGAGAAGAAAGUGAACUUCAAAAUGCGGCUUUCAGUAACUGGAACCAGCCCAGAAAAGUCGAACUCUGGAGAGAGCCUAGCAAGUCAUUGGGGAUCAGCAUUGUUGGAGGACGAGGGAUGGGCAGCCGCCUGAGUAAUGGGGAAGUGAUGAGAGGGAUCUUUAUCAAACAUAUCCUGGAAGACAGUCCAGCUGGCAAAAAUGGAACACUGAAAACUGGAGAUCGGAUUGUAGAGGUGGAUGGAAUUGACCUCAGAGAUGCCAGCCACGAACAAGCUGUGGAAGCCAUACGGAAGGCAGGCAAUCCUGUAGUCUUUAUGGUACAGAGCAUUAUAAGCAGACCAAGGCCAGAGUCUCUUUAUAGCCCUUCUUCAGCUUCUGCUCCCUGUGGGCAGAAAAUUACUAACCCAUUUUAUCGUCAGCCAUCUAAGAACCCUUCCCUACCUUUCCCGCAGAACAGUGUUUUCAGUAGGCCAACUGUCUUCAGCAGCUCUAACCCAUUUGCUGAUUCUUCUCAGUUCAACACUGCUCAGGAGAUAUCGAAUCCAAUUAGGGUUACCUUCCGUUGUUCCCCAACUAACCCUUUUGCUCCCACACCAUUCAAGACAUUUGGUCAGUCUGAUACAGAAUCAGAAAAGACUUCGCUUUGUAAUGUGCCUCUGCCCCCUCCUUCAGCAUUUUCAGGAAUUAGCUGUGAUGUUGCACAGUCAUCUAUCAGACUCCCAGAAGAUGUGGAGAAGGAGGAUGAGUUCGGUUACAGCCGGAAAAAGAUUGUGCAGCGCUAUGGAAAUCUACCAGGGGAGCUACACAUAAUUGAGCUGGAAAAAGGAAAGACAGGUCUGGGACUUAGUCUUGCUGGUAACAAAGACCGAUCCAGGAUGAGUGUCUUUAUAGUGGGAAUUGAUCCAAAUGGAGCAGCUGGAAAAGAUGGCAGGUUACAGAUUGCAGAUGAGUUGCUAGAGAUAAAUGGCCAAAUCCUUUAUGGAAGGACUCAUCAGAAUGCUUCUUCAAUAAUCAAAUGUGCACCGUCUAAAGUUAAAGUCAUCUUUAUCAGAAACAAAGAUGCAGUAAAUCAGAUGGCUGUUUGCCCUUCAAAGUCAGUAGAGGCUUCACAGUGUUCUUCAGGAGCACAUCAAGAGAUUGAUAUCAAUGUUGCCAACCCGAGUGCAUUUUCUGACUUGAGUUCAUGUAAAAACCUUCUGUAUGUGGAACUUCCUAAGGAUCAAGGAGGCUUUGGAAUUGCCAUUAGUGAAGAAGACACAACUAAUGGAGUAGUUAUUAAAAGCUUAACAGAUCAUGGUGCAGCUGCAAAGGAUGGACGUGUCAAAGUUGGAGAUGUCAUUCUGGCAGUGGAUGAUGAAAUUGUUGUGGGAUAUCCUGUAGAAAAGUUUAUUAGUCUCCUGAAGACAUCCAAAUCUGUGGUGAGGCUUACAAUCAAUCCAGCAGAAACAGGUAACCUGACUACAGCACCAGCCCCUCCCAGCACUGUCCCAGCAGAGAAGAGGAAUAUGCAACCACCAGCACCUGUCCCCACUUCCAGCUCACCAGAACCAGAAGCAGUCAAAAACACAAGCAGGUCUUCAACUCCAGCCAUGUUAACCUCUGACCCAGCUACUUGUCCCAUCAUUCCUGGAUGUGAAACAACCAUUGAUAUCUCCAAAGGGCGGACUGGUCUUGGUCUGAGCAUUGUUGGAGGAGCAGACACUUUGCUGGGAGCAAUCAUUAUCCAUGAAGUGUAUGAAGAAGGAGCAGCAUCUAAAGAUGGACGACUGUGGGCUGGUGAUCAGAUACUAGAGGUAAAUGGAAUUGACCUCAGGAAUGCUACACAUGAUGAAGCCAUUAAUGUCCUCCGACAGACACCCCAAAAAGUUCGUCUAACUGUGUACAGAGAUGAAGCCCAGUACAAGGAGGAAGACAUGUAUGAUGUGCUGAAUAUAGAGCUCCAGAAGAAGCCUGGUAAAGGCCUUGGGCUGAGUAUUGUUGGGAAAAGAAAUGACACAGGUGUGUUUGUAUCAGACAUCGUCAAAGGAGGAAUAGCAGAUACAGAUGGGAGAUUGAUGCAAGGAGACCAGAUAUUAACAGUGAAUGGAGAAGAUGUCCGAAAUGCUAAUCAGGAGGCUGUUGCAGCUUUGCUAAAGUGUUCCUUAGGUACAGUAAGACUAGAGGUUGGAAGAAUAAAAGCUGGACCUUUUCACUCUGAGAGAAGAACAUCCCAAAGCAGCCAGGUCAGUGAAGGAAGCGGCAGUCUCUCAUCGUUUGGUUUCCCGGUUUCUGGGUCCAGUGCACCUGAGGUCUUUGAAAGUGGUCUAAAGAAGAAUACCACAGCUUCUGAAAUACAGGGACUAAGAACAGUUGAAAUAAAAAAGAGCCCUGCCGAUUCACUCGGAGUGAGCAUUGCUGGAGGUGUAGGAAGUCCUCUUGGAGAUGUUCCUAUAUUUAUUGCCAUGAUGCACCCAAAUGGAGUUGCAGCUCAGACUCAGAAAUUAAGAGUUGGGGACAGGAUUGUUAGCAUCUGUGGAACAUCUACUGAGGGCAUGACUCAUUCCCAGGCUGUUAAUAUCUUAAAAAAUGCUUCAGGCACUAUUGAGUUGCAGGUUGUAGCUGGAGGAGAAGUAAGUGUCAUAACUGGUCAGCAACAGGAUCCGCCUACGUCCAGCCUUUCAUUUGCAGGACUAACUUCAACUGGCAUUUUUCAGGAUGAUUUGGGACCUCCUCAGUACAAGACCAUUACUUUGGACAGAGGACCAGAUGGCCUUGGCUUUAGUAUUGUGGGUGGCUAUGGCAGUCCACAUGGAGACUUACCCAUUUAUGUGAAGACAGUGUUUGCAAAGGGUGCAGCAGCAGAAGAUGGACGCCUCAAGAGGGGAGAUCAAAUCAUUGCUGUGAAUGGGCAGAGUUUAGAAGGGGUGACCCACGAGGAAGCAGUUGCCAUUCUGAAAAGGACAAAAGGAACAGUCACUUUGACUGUAUUGUCAUAAACUGGCUGCCUGAUGGGUUAGGGUCAACAACACAAUAUUGUUUACUUUCCACAUAGCAAAGAGAAUGGAAAUGUUUUAUGUAGUCUUCUUACUCUUCCAGCUUCACAGGACUGCGUUACAACACUGAAAAAAGUAACAUUUAACCGUAUUUUUGUAUACUUUAGAAAUACUUCUCUUUCUGACAAACCGCUGGGAUGAAGUUAUGUUAGCUAUGGAAACAGAUAUUUUUCCUAUUAGUAAGUCACCGUGGAAAAAAAAGCUUUCAUGAAUAACCGCACAAGAAAAUGUUUUGGUGAGAGACUUUAGAUAUUUGAAUAGUGUUGGAAAAAUUAUAAAUUCACCAAGUCAGCAAGGGGGUUACGUGGGUAGCAGUAGUCAGAAAACAGGACUCAAACGGAACUUUGGGUGAUAAGGGAAAAGUCUGUAAUCUGGAGGCAGAUUCCUUUCAACCCAAACUGUUCAAUGACUAUAUUAUUUCACAAUGCUCCAGUAGAAGAAACUAGGCUGGUGACUUGGGUGACUUGGGUGGAUUAUUUUGUUUGUCUUUUUGUGCGUUUAAAUUUACAAGUGUCAUGGUGUAUCCGAAAAAAAAAAAAAAAAGAAUACUGUGUUUCACUUGGCUUAGGUUUGAGGGUUUCAUUAUUUUGGCUGUGGUGGGGGGUGUUGGUGGUAGUGAUGGUGGUUUUGGAUUUUGUUUGUGGGUUUUGUGGGACUUGUGCUCAGGGCAGAAAAAUCCAUGACUAGUGGAAGGUAUUCCUGGUGACUGAGAAUGCCCAGCAACUGCAGCAUUAGAAGAACUAGACUUUUAAAAUAGGAAUGUUUUAUAGUCUGUAUGGUGAAAACAGCUUUCCUAAUAUGAAGUGUCUGUAAGCAAAGGUUGUCCUCUUCCAACAUGCAAGACUACAUACAGGGUUGAUGCAGACAUUUCUGCAAGCUGCUUGCAUCAGCGCCAUGAACAAACCUCUCAGAGCCGCUCUGCUUAGCUGCCAGUUGAUGUCUGGAUAGAUGUCUGGAUAUUGCCAGGGUGAAAGGAUUGACAUUUAUGGUGUUGCUGCCAUUAUAACUAGCAGCAAAGGUAGAGUCCUCCUUCAACUGAGGAGGCAUAUAACCUGGAGUAAUGGGUUGAGGAUGGGUAAAAACCUGAAAAUGCCUCACAGUAGAAGUGAGGAGUAAUCCAGCAGUGAAGGUUUGCAUCAGUAAUAAGCAGAAGAGCUUAUUUGACAGCUUUGAUAGCUACAACUAUUAUUUUGGGGAUAUUAACUUUAGAGGCACAGAUAGAAGUGUCUAGUAAGUACAAUGCAAGUGGAGCUGUUCUUUGAUCAGCAGCAUGAUCAAUAAAUGCAUCAUUUUCCCAUCACUAAAACUUUAUUUAAAAACUGCACUCAAUGAAACACUUAACUGAUUGUAACCUGCCUGCCUUUGCCUGCCCUGCCCUUAGGAAUCUGGCAGAUAAAGCUUGCUUUUCCCAUUAUUUAUUUUCCUGCUGAAAAAAUUAGCUGAGUCUUUUGAGAGAGGAAAAUAAUAUACUAUUUAGCAGCAGUGUUAAUUAGCAAAAAUGGAAUUUUAGAAGAAGGCCACUAUCUCAACUAUCGCUUAAGAGAAAUAUGAACUGAAAAUGCAGGCAAUGGUCAGGCCAUUAUUAGGGGAUAAUACAAAUGACUGUCUUUCAUUUUAGUGGGUCACAAAAGCAGUGUUAGGAGCGUCUGUCAAAUAGUAUUAACAAAUUGAUAGCUAUGUGUAAGUGAAUUAACAAAAAAGCGUGCUCUAUUUGUCUUUUUAACUGUUCUAGAAGUUACACUGUGGUAGAUAGACUAAGAUGCAAUAAACUAGAUGCUACCAUUACUGGAUGCUGCUGUUACUGAAUUGCUUUUGUACUCAUUGCUUGCCUAGAGUGAGAAAUGCCUACAAGUCACUUUAAAUAGUACCUAUAUUUGUAACAGAAGUAGUGUACAGCUAUUUUGUUACUGUUCUUGUGUCACAAUGGGGGAUGUAAAUUAAUAAAUUCCAACCUGUUAUGAUGAAAUAAAGUUCUGUGUGUGUUA